UGGCAAAAGUGCAUGGUGUUGCAAUGCAUUACUGUAAGUACUGCCCACACAAAGAUAGCUGAUUCGAACUUUCGACUCGAACUGUGCGAGUUUUGUUGCAGGUUCAUUCAGCUAACAAUGACUAACGUGAGCGCAUCCCUGAAAUGGGUGUUAAUUGUCUUCAAUGUCUUGUUUGCGAUUGCAGGAGGGGUCCUAAUAAUGAUCGCGAUGCUAGGACAUAUCAGCCAAGGACCUGACGGGUUUGAACAGAACUUGUCGGGAGUCAUAUUUCUGUACCUCAUCGGAGCUGCCACCAUGGUAUUGUCGAUUAUUGGAGCAUACGGUGCACAUAAGGAGAAGAAGUGGGCAUUGAUUGUGUUUUUCACAGGGUUGGUAGUGGGGAAUGCCUGUCUCCUGCUGCUCUCAGUCACUGUGUCUGUUUCAAUACCAGCGGCAACUCAAACUAUUGAAAAUUAUUUUUAUAAUGCCAUACCACUGGAUGAAGCUAGCCAGGACAUCCAAAACGUUGUCGAGAAGUUGCAGUCUGAGCUUAACUGCUGUGGAGUCUUCAAUGGCUACCAAGACUGGGGGAAACACCUCCCACAAUCAUGCCUCUGUCUUUCAUCUAGACCUAUCAUGGAUAAAUGUGAGAAAAUUAAUGGCUCACAGUUUGAGACACAUGAACAUGGAAGUAUGCUUUCUGAUGACUCCGACAAGCUGGUGUACAAGGAGCCCUGCGUACCCUUUGUUACCAAUACCAUGCGAAAAGCAUUAAAUAUAAUGCUGGGAAUCUGUUUUGGAUUCGCUAUAAUGGCGUUCAUUGGGAUGGCGAUGUCCAUGACUUUGCUCUGCCAAAUGAGAAGACAGCGCUCACCAGUGAGCCUCAGCAUGAAUCCCAGCAGUCCUCCGUACGAAGAGCUCCACAACGCAAGCGAAAACUAACUGCGGUUCUGUACCUCAUUGCAAACUGCGUUGUCAAAAUAACAUAGCUGGAAUUGGGGGAAAAUGCAAAAGCUGGCCAAUGGAGCAGGAUUCAUUGAGGGAGUAUGUAUAGUUGUAACUGCAUAUAACUUUCCCUAGACAUGCUUGAGCUUGUUGCACUAAAAAAACAACCACUUCGAUCUCUUUCCAGGAGGGAACUUUUGUUCCUCUGCUCAGACAUGCAGAACAGAUUAAAUCAGAGGCCCUGGCAGCACUGUUAGGAAAUAGUAUGUUUAAUGUUUGGAAAAUGGGUCCUGAUUUCAAA